ACAUGAAGCAGUGGAUACAGGAUAGUGGACAGGACAGUGGAUACCAUUACCAGAAAUAUGUUCUGUUCAUCCCGAAUAUUGGCGCUUUCUCUUUCUCACCCAUCAAAACCCUUCGUUUCUUACAAUAAUUCUUGUUCCAGAUUCAAUCACGCAAUUCCCGAUUCCCUUUCCAGAUGGCGUUGUUUAUCUUCUUCCAUGUCUUCUGGCUCAAAUCCUCCGUCUUCCUCUUCCUCUCCUGAUUCUGACUCUUCCGAUCCUACCACUUCUGCAUUUUGCAUCAUAGAAGGGCCUGAAACAGUUCAGGAUUUUGCAAAAAUGGAAUUGCAAGAAAUUCAAGAUAAUAUUCGAAGCCGUCGAAAUAAGAUCUUCUUGCAUAUGGAAGAGGUUCGUAGGUUAAGGAUACAACAGAGGAUCAAAAGUGCUGAGCUGGGAAUUAUACAGGAUGAACAGGAAAAUGAAUUACCAAGUUUUCCAUCAUUUAUUCCCUUUUUGCCUCCUCUGAGCUCAGUGAACCUGAAGCAAUACUAUGCUUCUUGUUUUUCCCUUAUUGCUGGCAUUAUGAUUUUUGGAGGCUUUCUGGCACCCACAUUGGAGCUGAAACUAGGAUUGGGGGGCACAUCAUAUGCAGAUUUCAUUCAGAGCAUGCAUUUGCCGAUGCAAUUGAGUCAGGUAGACCCCAUAGUAGCUUCAUUCGCCGGAGGAGCUGUUGGUGUGAUCUCAGCAUUAAUGGUGGUUGAAAUAAACAAUGUAAAACAACAAGAGCAUAAGAGAUGCAAAUAUUGCCUGGGAACUGGGUAUCUAGCAUGUGCCCGCUGUACAAACACAGGAUCUCUUGUUCUUAUUGAGCCUGUCUCAACAUUCAAUGGUGGGGACCAACCUCUUUCACCGCCAAAAACGGAGAGAUGUUCAAAUUGUUCUGGAUCUGGAAAGGUCAUGUGCCCAACAUGUCUUUGUACAGGGAUGGCUAUGGCGAGUGAGCAUGACCCAAGGAUUGAUCCAUUUGAUUAGAGGUGCUGUUUUGUAAAAUUAAGUCAUUGGGAACUAUUUAUGUACAGAGAAACUUGUACAUAUAUUCUCCUCGUGACGAUUCUUGUUUUGAGUCUUGUAUAAAUGUAAAGUGUGAAAUCCUUGUAAUAUUUAAGAUUAUUUAUAUACAAAGAGAGUUAGUAUUAGAGUAUGGUGAAUUGAA